AUGCUGCCCUUGCCCGUGUCUCUGUCAGGACGCCGUUCCAUCUCCAGACAUAGCCUACGACCAUCACAUAGGAGCACCAAGGAUGUCCUUCUCAGUCGCGCGCGGGUCACCAACCUUGGGUUCUUGCUCCUCGCAGCUGUGACCGCACUCUCCUUACUAGCCAACUUGAGCCACUACUUUACGUCCUCCAGCAGCAUUUCUCGAUUCCUUGACUCUGAACAACCCUCAAGCAUUCUAGCAACACUUCAGCGUGAUCCGUCGCUCGCUGCAGUCAACCAUCUCAUCAUCGUUCCUGGACAUGCCGUAUGGAAAGGAACAGACCCCAAACUUAGACUCUAUGAUGAGGAGUGGAUUCUCGAACCAUAUCAAAGAGGUGGUGGUCGGACGUCUGCAUUCUACAAGCACAUAGCAACGGGAGCAGAUCUCGCUGAAGAAGAUACGAAAUCUCUCCUGGUAUUCAGCGGCGGGCAAACUCGCCAGACCUCCUCUACGACCGAGGCGGAGUCCUACAUGCGAUUAGCGCUCUCAUCCGGUAUUCUACCACCUGCGGCUCCGCCUGGAACACCACCCAGCCCUCCCCUUCGCGCGACGACAGAAGACCACGCGCUAGACUCAUUCCAAAACCUUCUCUUCUCCAUUGCCCGCUUCCAUGAAUACACGGGGCACUACCCAGAGCGCAUCACUGUCGUCGGGUACGAGAUGAAGCGACAGAGGUUCACUGAGCUACAUCGAGCGGCCUUGCGCUGGCCACGCGACCGCUUCCACUAUAUCGGAAUUGACGCAGCAGGGGAAGAAUUGGCAAAGGCACAGGAAGGCGAGAGGCUGAACGGCUACCUUCCGUACACCCUUGACGUCUACGGGUGCCAUGACCUCCUUCUCUCAAAACGCCGUGCGCGGAAUCCUUUCACCCGAUACCAUUCGUACUACACAUCCGCACCAGAGCUUGUCCCGCUUUUUGAAUGGUGUCCUGGCUCUGCUGACGGUGGGCAGACGAUGAUGUUCAAGGGUCCUCUCCCAUGGGACCAUUUACGGUGAUCCGUUGCUAUACGUACCCUAUCGGACAAAUGACAUCACUACUACGUUGUAUGAAUGUCUUUCAUACUCGCAGCAUGAAUACGUGUUGGUGGCCCUCGUGUUAUAUCCUAUAAAGGGAGAUACGUCUAUCAUCGCG